AUGGUUGAGGAGAAGUUUUGUCGAGUCUGCAGGUGUGAAGGCACUCCAGAUCAGCCCUUGUUUCAUCCAUGCAAGUGUAGGGGUUCGAUAAAGUACAUUCAUCAAGAUUGCCUUCAGUAUUGGCUGGAGCAUUCAAAUAAGGACAUAUGUGAUAUCUGUCACUCUAAGUUUAAAUUCAAGAUCAUUUAUAAUGAUGGUGUGCCAGAUUCAGUUCCGCUAAAAAUCAUCUUGAAACAAUUUUUCAGAGACCUGAUUCACUAUCAGUACCAAGUGGUGAAGUAUUCUCUUAUGAUAUUUUGUGCUGUAUUUGAGGUCCCCACUGUUAUUUCCCUUAUAGACAAAAUCAUAGACUUUCAAUUGGGUGUACCCAUCCGAAUUGAAAGUCCUUUUCUACCAAACAUGUUUGAAGAUUACAAAUCAUCGGAAUAUUUCAUCGUGAACUAUUUAUCAUUUCUCCAGUGUGUCAUUUUUCAUGGACUCUUCAUUGCCAUGACUUUUUCCGUGAUUAUAAUUUCCAUGAUAAUAAUACAGAACUCUUUUGUUGGAGAUGAAGGAUUUCAAAAAAUUAUUGAUAAAAAAAUUGGGCCGCAACGUCGAAAGCUUGUUGAUCUUUUCCAACUCAACAGAAGGAGAAGAGCUCUACGUGGACAAGAAAAUGAGCAGCGUGUCAAUAGAGAACUUGAAAGUGUUGGAUGGGUUGAGGGCCAUGUCUUUGAGCGGGCAGAAAUCUUACUCAUGGUUAAUUCACUUCAUAGAAUGAUUGAAGAAUUAGUAGAAGACCCAACUGUAAGAGAUACUGUUGCAGAUCAGGUGUAUUUACGUGGCCUAGAUCCAGAAGUGAUAAAUGACGAAGAUAUACAGAAGGUGUUCGAACUCUACAAGAAAUACCGCAUUACUCUUUUGAACCACCGAACCGAGGAGAGAGAGAUGUUUCAAGUAAUUCAGAACGUUGCUAACAGAGACGGCAGAGCUAAUGUUGAUGAUGAGCUUGUUAGAGCUAAUGCAAGACUUUUAAUGAAUUUUCAAGAUCCAGACAUGGCAGUCCCCGCUCAGAAUAUUGACGAUAUUAAUGAAAUUGACCCACCCAUCCCAGCUCCAGUAGUAGAACAGGACGAUGGGCAAGAACAGCUCCAGGGAAUGUGGGAUGGACCCAAAAAUAUAACUUUCAUUUUUCAGCUCACUUUGUUGGCAAACUUGGUGUCUAUGGUAGUACUUGUGUGCUUCAAACUAAUACCUUCCUAUCAAGGUAUGCUUUUCUUAUCAAUUCUAGAUGCACUAGUUUUCUCCCCAUUACAAAAACUAUUCAUGAUAGCGCAUCCCUAUUUUUAUCCUUACAUUUCUCUUUUGAUUAAAUCUAGCCCUGCACAGUAUGUUUAUGCACAAUCUCAAAAUUUUAUUGUUCCAAAGUUGAUUUUGGCUUUUUUUCAAAGAAAUCUAAUUUUACCACUCAGAGCUGCUUAUGUCAAUUCUGUUCAAUGGACACCGACCAGUUCUAGCAGUGAACGGAUAAUUGUCACUCUGACAGGUUUUGCUGUUUUUGGUUUGAUCAUUUUUGCAUGUAUGAAAAAAAUGGAAAGAAGUUGCACACCAAGUAACCCGUUGGCUGGGAACUAUCGUACAAUAUACAUAGUUAUGCUCCAGAUAGCAUCUAUUGUAAAAGUCUUCAGUCUCAUUGCUAUAGAAUGGGCAAUUUUCCCAUUGUUUUGCGGCAUGCAAAUUGAAUUUGCUUUAGUGCCGAUCUUCAAUGACAAUCUAUACAACUACAAACUUGAUCCUCCAUUUUUUGGCACAGAUUUUUUUGGUGUGGUUCCAAAAUGGUUCAUGGGUACAUACUUCAUGUAUUUUUUUGCUUCCUUUGUGUCGAUGAUUCGCUCAAAUAUUUUGCGAGAUGGUGUUUUAUUUUUCAUUCGUCCAUCUGAUGAUCCAAAUUUACAGCUUGUUCAUGAUGCCUUGAUGAGACCUUUUUCGUUAAGACUUUCACGUAUUUCAUUGUCGGCUGCAGUUUACAGCCUUUACAUUCAUAUUGAAUUUAGCGCAAUAUCGUGGGGAAUUCGUCUUUUUAGUCCAAUCAAAAUCUUACCUUUUCACAACGAAUUUUUUCACGAACGUGCACUGUUUGUUUUGGUGUUUAUACUAGGUAUGUCCCUAGAGAAAAGCUUCUGCAAGAUAUGGAAAGCAGUUUUUAAGUUUGCUUGUUCUCAGUUACGUCUAUCUUCAUUUUUACUGGACGAAGACAACCCUAAGGAAAGAGGAAAAAUAAUAUACAAAACGUUGUUUGCAAAAUUGACGAACCCGACCCCAGAUUAUUCGGAACCUGUCCUUGAAUCUGAAACCGACUUGUAUUUUGCAACUCAUACCAGCGCUUUAUGCUGUUUUGUUCCUGAUGGUAACUAUGUGCGUGCUCCAAAUGACGAUCAUGUUUCUCGAAACUUUGUCAGAACACUGUUUGUUCCUGUGACAAAAUCUGAUCAGCUACUUGCACCUAUACCCGAAUAUCCCGAUGAUGAUGAGAUUUACAAUCCUUAUGGAGAUGUUGACCCAAUGGAUGUUACGACAUACACGAUUGUGUAUAGGCCCCCAGACUUCAAAUGGAGAUUAUUUGCUCUUUUUGGGAUUCUUUGGCUUGCGUCAAUGCUUAUCACUCUUGCUUUAUAUGUCUGCAAUAUUCUCAUCGGUGAGCCUCUCAUAAAAUUUGUGGUUCCUAAGAGAAUCACAGGAGCCUUGAAAAUUCCAACAGAAUGGUAUAAAGUUGAUAUCUACGGUGUUAUAAUCACCCUACUUGCUCUACCUAGGUUGGAAAAAGAUACUAAAGCAGUUCGUAACCAAUGGAGUGCACUCAUUAAAGCUUACACGGACUCGAAAUCUAACGGCGAAAGAGUAAAAGCAAUUAAAAUCAUUAUUGUUGAUAAUAUAAACAAACUGAGAGAACACUAUCGGAUAAUUGGUAACAACCCUUUUGUAAAAACGGUAGUGAAACAGCUUCAUCAACAAUUCAUUCUAGCAAUUGGAUUGAGUCAUUGUGGAUCACCCGUAUUAGAAUAUCGGUUGAAGACAAACCGUUUUCCAUUAUGGUCUUUGCUUUACUUUGCAAGUUAUAUACCCCUGGCUUUAGCUUUCUGGGGUCAGAAUAAAAAGAUAGUAAGGCUAUACUUCUUUACCGCUGUUUGUGUCCUAUGCGCAAAGACCUCUUUUACAUGUUUCCAGAUCUUUACCGCUAGCGCUGAAAUUCCAAAUCAUAAGCCCAAAACUGAAUCCAGCUACACGUAUCCUUCUUUACCGGGUUUUUUACUAGGAUCUUUUUUUUCUGAAACUCGAGAUGUCGAGUCGUGGAUAUAUUUUUCAAGUUGGAUUCUCAUAUCUUCAUAUACGAGCUAUGUAUAUAUUGUUUCAGGGUGGAGAAAAUUCAAAGAUAAGACGAAACAAAUGUAUUUUGAUAACAUGAAAGUCCUAUCAAAUGCUGAUGAUGGUGAUAAUGAGGAUAGUGGAGAAUCCAAUGAGGGAACACUUGAUGAAAGCAGGGCUGAUAAUCAAGGAUGA